GGUGACCAGCAUUGGAAACACGCGCGCGAUAUUAUAUCGCCGUUGUUUACGUCGGGAAAGUUGCGGUCAAUGAUGACACACAUUACGGGUGUCACCGAUCGGUUGGUCGACACGUUGACUGAGUACGAAAAAACAGGCAAAGAAAUAGAUAUGCGUAAAUAUAUGGGUGCGUUUACCAUGGACAACAUUUGUCGUUGCGCUUACGGCAUCGAGCUCAAUUCGCUGGAAAACACUGACCACCCGGUGCUGAAAAACAUCAAAAAACUACUGGACCCGCCCCUAACACUGGGUCUCAUAACAUCGGCCUUCUUCCCCGCUUUGGCCAAACUAUUUGGUUGCGAACCCUUCAGUAUCGAGGCGUGUAAUUAUUUCGCCGAUUUGACUAAGAGCAUAAUUGAUGAACGAAAGCAACAUAAUAAAUAUGUACAUGACGACAAAUCCAAAAAACACUCGGAGAAAAGCGAUGAGGACUUGGGUUACGACACGUCCGCCGCCGUCGAUGAAGACCCUAUCGACGAGACUAUAGAUUACAACAACGCUUUCAAAACUAACAAAAAAUCUGUCGGUAUAUUAACGCAGGAAGAAAUUGUCGGCAAUAGUAUCAUGUUUUUUAUGGCCGGUUACGACACCACAUCCAGCGCCCUAACCCAUGUCUUGUACUAUCUGUCCCAACACCCGGACUGUCAGCAACGGCUAUACGAAGAGCUGCGCGAUUGCGAUGAUAUGUCGCCCGAAACGGUAUUUCACUUGAAAUACUUGGACGCCGUUAUCACUGAAACCUUACGACUCGCGCCCUCUUUUGUACGCCUGUUUCGUACGUGUGUUCAGGACUACAAACUGGGAAAUACCGGUAUUACUAUACCGGCCGAAACAGCCGUCUUAAUUAGCACAUACACUAUACAACGCGAUCCGAAAUACUGGCCAAACCCGGACCAGUUUCAGCCGGAUCGUUUUUUGAAACCCACGCACAAUCCAUACGCGUACAUAUUGUUUGGUAGGGGACCCCGAUUGUGCCUAGGUGAACGAUUUGCGGUGAACCAGAUGAAAUUAUGUCUAUCAAGAUUGGUGUUGAAGUUUGAGUUCACCUUGGUGCCAGGUAGUUCGCCGUUGAGCAAGAUGUUAUUUUUCAUGAAGGGUGACCAGCAUUGGAAACACGCGCGCGAUAUUAUAUCGCCGUUGUUUACGUCGGGAAAGUUGCGGUCAAUGAUGACACACAUUACGGAUGUCACCGAUCGGUUGGUCGACACGUUGACUGAGUACGAAAAAACAGGCAACGAGAUAGAUAUGCGUAAGUAUAUGGGUGCGUUUACCAUGGACAACAUUUGUCGCUGCGCGUACGGCAUCGAGCUCAAUUCGCUGGAAAACACUGACCACCCGGUGCUGAAAAACAUCAAAAAACUACUGGACCCGCCCCUAACACUGGGUCUCAUAACAUCGGCCUUUUUCCCCGCUUUGGCCAAACUAUUUGGUUGCGAGCCUUUCAGUAUUGAGGCGUGUAAUUAUUUCGCCGACUUGACCAAGAGCAUAAUCGAUGAACGAAAACAACAUAAUAAAUAUGCACAUGAUGACAAAUCCAAAAAACACUCGGAGAAAAGCGAUGAGGACUUGGGUUACGACACAUCCGCCGCUGUUGAUGAGGACCCUAUCGACGAGACUAUGGAUUACAACAACGAAUUCAAAACUAGCAAAAAAUCUGUCGGCAUAUUAACGCAGGAAGAAAUCGUCGGCAAUAGUAUCAUGUUUUUUAUGGCCGGUUACGACACCACAUCCAGUGCACUGACACAUGUCCUGUACUAUCUAUCCCAACACCCGGACUGUCAGCAACGGCUGUACGAAGAGCUGCGCGAUUGCGAGGAUAUGUCGCCCGAAACGGUAUUUCACUUGAAAUACUUGGACGCCGUUAUCACCGAAACCUUACGACUCGCGCCAUCUUUUGUACGCCUGUUUCGUACGUGUGUUCAGGACUAUAAGCUGGGAAAUACCGGUAUUACUAUACCGGCCGACACAGCCGUCUUAAUUAGCACAUACACUAUACAACGAGAUCCGAAAUACUGGCCAAACCCUGACCAGUUUCAGCCGGAUCGUUUUCUGAAACCCACACACAACCCAUACGCGUACAUAUUGUUUGGUAGGGGACCCCGAUUGUGCCUAGGUGAACGAUUUGCUGUGAAUCAGAUGAAAUUAUGUCUAUCAAGAUUGGUGUUGAAGUUUGAGUUCACCUUGGUGCCAGGUUUUGAAAUUGAAUACACAAAGUCCGACCCAACCAUGUCACCUAAAACGCUCAUGUGCAAUUUUAAAUCUAGAAAUUAA